AGAAAACGAGAUGAAGCGUCUGUUUUCUCUGUCAUUGUACGUUGUUGCACCGCUGCGGACAAACCUCACGGGACAAGACAUGUCUCCAGAUUUCUGUGCUGAAUCAUCUCUGGGGAAACGGAGUUCGCAUGAAAACACAAACUAAAACACCAGCAGGAGCAGCAGGGACACUUCGUUUACAUUAGCUAGUUUUUAAAUAGUAUCCCCCAGGUCAUUCCGCUAGCUUUAGCCGUGUUUUUUUUUUUUUAUGCGAGUGAAACAAUGGCUUUCUUCGUGAAAAAGAAGAAAUUCAAGUUUCAGACUCAUCUGACCCUGGAGGAGCUCACCGCGGUGCCUUUUGUCAACGGAGUUUUGUUCUGCAAGCUCAGGCUGCUGGAAGGAGAUUUCGUCGCUACUUCUACCAGAGAGGAGGUUCAAGAAAACUGCGUUCGCUGGAGGAAGAGGUUCACGUUCGUGUCGAAAAUGAGCGCCAACCCCCACACCGGCGUCCUGGAUCCUUCUGUGUGCAGGGUGUCAGUCAGGAAGGAGCUGAAAGGAGGAAAAGCGUACACGAAGCUGGGCUUCACGGACCUCAACAUGGCGGAGUUCGCUGGUUCUGGCUCCACCGUGCGCUGCUGCCUGCUGGAGGGAUACGACACCAAGAACACACGGCAGGACAACUCCAUACUGAAGGUGAUCAUCGGGAUGACCCUCCUGUCUGGAGACCCGUGUUUUAAAACGCCUCCCAGCACGGCAAAGUCCAUCUCCAUCCCAGGACGAGAGCACACCCUGCAGCUGGACUGUAAGGGGGAGGGAACGGCGGAGCCCGGGCCGGCUGGAGGGGUUUCUCUGGGCCGAUGUGCCAAACCUCGACCCUCCAUCAUCAGCUCAGGUCUCCUCGACGAAUCAGAGGUGAACCAGAACCAGUCCGGUUCUGCGGAAGUCUUCCAGUCCGGUCACUCUCGUAACUCCAGCUACGCCAGCCAGCACAGCAAGAUCUCAGGCUACAGCACCGAGCACUCCUGCUCCUCCAGCCUGUCGGACCUCACGCAUCGCAGGAACACCUCGACAGGAAGCAGCGCCUCCGGGGGCCUGGGCUUCACCGCCGACACACCCGCAGAGGGCGACAAGGACGCCGGACGUCCUGAGAGACCUCCUCGACCCCCGCGGCCUGUCUUACCCCCGAACAGGCUCCCCAGGAGGAAGCAGGACUCGGUGGAGAGUCACCCCUCCUGGGUUAAUGACACCCGCAUGGACGCCGACGACAUCGUGGAGAAAAUUGUCCAAAGCCAAAACUUUGCAGAUAUCAACAACACUGAAGACAGUAACCUGCGUCUGUUCGUCAGCAGAGAUGGAACCACCGCGCUCAGCGGCAUCAGGCUCGGAAACAGGGUGUCUGCGGGCGGCUACGAGCCUGUGGUGAUAGAGAGCCAUUAAGCGGAGCGCCGACCUGCGGAUCGUCCGUGUCGCCGGUUUUCCUGGAGCUUCAGCUGGUCUGACGCCGUGAGGGGAAAAACCUCGUCAGUUUGCACUUUAUGUGAAAUGUGUGGCAGUGCUCGCCUCCGCUCCGUUCGUCUGUGUUGUUGUUGUUGUUGUGAUUCAGAUGCACAAAAAGAAAAAAAAACGUUUCCCUGAGACGCCCCUGUGGUGUGUUUAUCUGCGUCUGUGCUGCAGUUCGCCUGUUUAACUGAUAGAGAUACAGACACCAACAUCAUCCAUGUGUCCCCAGCUCGUCGUUAUAACUGACGCCGCACUAACGACCACCUUUACCCACAGUAAGAGAGAGGAAACAUGCUGUUUAAAAAUAACCAAUGCUUCAAGUUAUAAAUGAUGUUAGUGUGCAGAGACCAUGUGUGGAAAACAUUCAUUCAUCUCUGGAAAACUGUCGUGUGUGUGAGUAAUAGAACUAUAUUAGAGCCAGAUACAGACAGGGAGAGAAAUUCUCAGCUGUUAUUAAUACUGUUGGUGACAGGAAGUUAGUGAGGCUGGACUGAAGCUACUUCAUGAUGUCCUGGGGAUGAAUGGAUGAGGAUGGUUUUCAUGUUUAAGUUCACUCGCGGUAACAAACCAAUUCAUUAUACACUUGAUUUAUUCUAGUGUUAAUAUGAGGAAUGACACCCAUCAUUGAAGUCCCUGAACUUCUGCUUUUCUGGAGGUGAGAGUAAUUUGCAGCCACAGACUCUCAGCAGCAGUUUCAUCGUAGUUUCAGUUGAUUUUUUUAUUAUUUUUUUCCCUUCACCUCAAUUCUGACUAAUUUCUGUCGCUGCAAACUGUCUGAAAUGGUUUGCAAGAAUCCUCCCGGUUUGGAGUUCAGUUCACAUGAAAUGAUCAUUUUUGGAAUGGUUUCGUUCUUGUUGUGAUUUAGUUGGAAAAAGUUUCCACCUUCAAAAACUUGUAAACCAAAGCCCAGCAGCAAAACAGGAUAAAAUAACUCCUAAGUGCAUUUGGAACUGCGUCUCAGGGCAGCACAUCAACACUGAAUGUGAUCGAGAGUUUGUAAAAAACCACUGAUCGACUCUGACUCACUUUAGUUUUUUUCUUUUCUUUUUGUUCUUCGUGUUUGAAGUUGUUCCCUGUUGAUCGGGGAGCUGCGGUCGAACCUCCUCUUCACUUUGUGCCUGUAAAGUUUCUCUUAAAUGAGCCUAAAGCACCGUGAGCAGUGCUGGUGACGGUGAGGAGAGAAAUGUUGUUUCCUCUGUUUGUUUGUCUCAGUCGUGUUAAAACCUUCAGGAGUGACCAGUUAGGAAAUCCCACUGUUUUUACUCUCUAUAUGUUUGAUUACUGAGCUGCUGCUGCUGCUGCUGCUGCUGCUGCACCGUCGCCACGUCUGCAUGAAGGAUUAAUCAAAAUGAUAUGUAUAAUUAUCUUCUCUCCUCGGUCAUCAGAAGUUAAAACAACAUGUGGUCAGUUAUAAAACAUUAGCUCUGUGGUACAAACUGUUCUGGUUGAAGGAAGACUUCACUACAUGAAGGGGGAUUUCUGCAGUGGCUGUGACUGUAAAAGUCUUUGUUGCCCCCUGGUGGGGCAACGGCCUGCUGUUUUUGUUUUGUUUUUUUGUUUGUUUCAGGCCCUUUGGUGUUUACAAGGAUGUUUACUUCGAGUCAGGCAGAAGAACAGACACCAAGGAGGCAGAAAAAAGGACCGAAGAAGAAUUGUAAUGUUGGCAACCAGCUGGCUGGUUGAUGCUUCUUCUUCUUCUUUCUUUUUUUUUUUCUUUGUUACUUUUAGAUGCAGGUUUUUUGUGUUUGAGGUGACAGAACAAGGAUUUUUAUCUUGUACAGAGGCUUAAAAUCGUAUUUUUCUGUUUGUAAAAAAGGAGACAGAAGCCAUCACUUUGAGAAAUAAGUCUCCCUUUUCACAUGCAGGUCAUUUUAACUUUACAAACCUCUUGAAUUAAGUUAAAUAACACGAUGCACGACCAGUUGGUCAAAUCUGAAACAUUUUCAGUUUAACCAGCAAAUUAAUCAGUUAUGAAAAUAACUGAUGAUUGAUUUUCUGUAGAGGAACUAUCAGGUAAUCAGCUUCAGCCACAUCAGAAAAAAUAAAAUAAUCCUUAAGACUCUGUUCUUUAUCAGUUUGGCCGUUAUUUUUUCAGAAGUUUUCCUUCUUCUCGUUUCACCUUUUCAUGAAUUCUCACUUGUCUUUACACGACCCUGCUUGGUUUAUUAAUCACAUUAGUUAUUCUCACAUUUGGGGAUGAACCACUGAUCGCAUGGUCUGAGUUUACGUCACCACAGCCUUUAGUAUUCCUUUAAAGCAUUUAUUUAUAUAUUUUUGUUCCUCCUUCUUUAAAUUUUAUUUUAUUUUAUUUUUGAGGUCGGUUAUAAGCUACGCACACAACUCACCUCCCCAAGCUUUUUUUUUCUUUUAGUAUGUCUAACAAAUAAUUCUAUUGUAACAAAGCUAGUUUAACCUAAAUUUAUUAGAGAAUUGAGUUGGAACUGUUCUUCCAGUCAUCACGUAGUAACUACAGUCUGUUUAUUUUUUUCUGCAGAACUGACUUUAAACAAUAAAAAGCUAAUCCUGA